CUUUUGCUGGCUGAAUGGAGGGGGAGGUUUGGAUGAUGGCAAGGACCGGAUGAACUCGAUGGUUGACUCGAUGGUUGACUCGAUGGUUGGACUCGAUGGUCGAUGACAAGUGACGGACAGGCUAGCUGGCUAUGUCUGCUUGGUCUGCUUGAUUGGUUUGUAGGUGUACUCUCCUCCACUACGGUUUGGCCAGUAUGGGUUUUGUGCGGCGAACUAAGGUUUUUUCGUGGAGUAAGUCCAGAUGGCCAUGUAGUCAGCUGCCGGAUGCAUUACUCCUCCACCCAUCAAAACACAGCCGAGACCUUGGCUCAGAUGCAGCUCCAUCGACUCUUGCGGGUGGAUGGGUUGGAUCUGGAUGGGAUGAUGCAUCCUUGGGCCGAUUAUUUCGCUGGAAUACCAUGCCACAUAGGGUGACUAAUAGUCUCAGCAUAGAAAAGCUGUCUACAGUCAUGUGACACACGCAUCGUCUGCGAUUUUCCUACCCUGGCCCUGAUCAAGAACGAGAUCUGAUCUGAUCAGUCAACAACAAUCUC